AUGCUUCAUCUGCAAAACUACGGCAGUAGUAGCAGUGAUUCAGAACCGGAUGAAGCUAAAACUCGCACGGAAAAACCUCAAACAGAAGCACAACCAUCGGCAGACGCAUCGGCCCAUCUAAAGCCUAUCGAUAGUCAGUAUUCCGUUGUAAAAUCGUUGGAAAUAUGUGCUGCACCUUUGGUGGUACCGAUGGGCCAGUCGGAAGUGUCCCGUUCGCUAGCACCCACGGUGAAAGAAAUCAACUACAACCCACGCUAUGAAGAACUGUUUGCCCCCGUUGCUGGUCCAGAAAAUCCGUUUCUUACACAACAAAUGCGUGCACCGAAGAAUAUGUUGACGGGUUUUGUUGAGAAUGCGCACAUAAGUGACUUCCAGUUUGAAAAUCAGCGUAAAACGUUUCACAGCUACGGGUACGCGCUGGAUCCUUCGGUCGAUGGUAAAGGAACGGCUCCGGAAGAAGGCCCAAGCUAUGUGGGUCAUCUGCAGGCAGCCUACGAUACGGACGGGGUCACCGUGUUUGAAUCUUCUAAAUCGAAGACGAAUGCAGGGGAGAAGAGAAAACGUGUCAAAAAUGAUGACCCGGAAGAUGUGGAAGGUUUCACGGGUCCGUGGGGCAAAUACGAGGAUGAGCAGACGGUGGCAAGACCAAAUGAGAAGGAACGGGCUGAAAUCGAGGAAAUGAUGGCAAAGAAACACCGUCGCCACAAGGUGAAGGAAGACAAACCGAUUGAAGAGAAAUCGGUCCUGCAUAUCAAAGAUGCAUUCGAUUACCAAGGACGUUCGUUUCUGCAUCCACCGCACGAUGUUGGUGUUAACUUGCGAAAAGCUGGUGCUCCGGAUCGUUGUUUCCUGCCGAAGGCUCACAUUCAUACCUGGACUGGCCACACGAAGGGCAUAUCGGCUAUUCGCUGGUUUCCAGUUUCGGCACAUUUGCUUCUGUCUUGCAGUAUGGAUGCACGUGUAAAGCUUUGGGAAGUGUACAACGAACGUCGCUGCGUGCGAACGUAUUCUGGUCAUCGGCAGGCAGUUCGGGACGUCAGCUUCAACAAUAAAGGUGAAAGAUUUAUCUCAGCUGGUUACGAUCGCUACCUGAAGUUGUGGGAUACGGAAACGGGUGACGUAAUAUCGCGGUUUAAUUCCCGCAAGAUUCCAUUCUGUGUAAAGUUCCAUCCCGACUUUAACAAGCAACAUCUUUUUGUGGCUGGAACUUCGGAUAAGAAAAUUAUCUGUUGGGACACCCGUACCGGGGAGAUCGUGCAGGAGUACGAUCGCCAUCUCGGCGCAGUCAAUACGAUCACGUUCGUUGACGAAAAUCGACGCUUUGUGACGACCUCGGAUGAUAAGAGUUUGCGCGUGUGGGAGUGGGACAUUCCGGUGGACAUGAAGUACAUUGCCGAUCCGACGAUGCACUCGAUGCCGGCUGUAACACUCGCACCGAACGGUAAGUGGCUGGCGUGCCAGAGCCUGGACAACAAGAUCGUCAUCUUUUCCGCUAUCAAUCGGUUCAAGAUGAAUCGCAAGAAAACGUUCACCGGGCACAUGGUGUCGGGGUACGCCUGUAAUCUUGAUUUCUCGCCGGACAUGAGCUAUCUGGUGUCGGGCGAUGGCGAUGGCAAAUGCUACAUAUGGGACUGGAAAACGACAAAGCUGUACAAGAAGUGGCAGGCGCACGAUAAUGUCUGCAUAGCAACGCUCUGGCAUCCGCACGAAGCGAGCAAACUGGUGACGGCCGGUUGGGAUGGAUUAAUAAAGUACUGGGAUUGA